AUGUCAGACUGCGACAAGACCGUUGAUCAUCCCACUUCUCUCAACAACGGGGGCGGUCGUAAUAGGCAUGACCCGGCGGAUGAGCAGUCCACUCCACACGCCAAGCAAAGGAAAUGUCAAUGAAUAUGAUAACAGUUAUACCACUGAAGACGACCUCACAGUGUUGGUCCCUCAAGGGUUGUCCUUCAUGUUGAUCUCAAUAACCCCAUAUUGGUGUCUGACGCCGUGACAAUUCAAGGAACUAUUGCAGCCUUGGAUUAUUGUAUUUAAAUUGUGGCAUGGGGACAAAUGCGUAAACAAGGUAAUCCAGCCGGGUUGCAAUAUAGGUGACGAGCCUCAGGUAGGCCAGGGGACCGCAGUCAAGGAAUGUAAAGAAGGUAAAAAAAAAAAAAACUGUUUGCAUUCAUUGACCUCAGUUAGCCUAAAUAGCGGUUGGGACUAGAUGGAGUACAGCUACAACCGGAAUUGACUUUUCGUAGCAGGUUAGGAGAGCAUAUUAGCUAGCCCUAACCUUUGUCAUAGCCUUAUCAUAAUUACCCAAACCUACUACAUGAAUUCUCCUAACCUGCUGCGUAAAUUCUAACCUGGUACGAAAAAGUCACUUCCGGUUGUAGCUGUAUACCACCUAGUCUACUACACCUAAAUAGCCACUUCCUGCAUGUAGCCAGUUUUAUUUGAGGGUAGUACAGUCAAUUCUCCUAGCUAUAAUGAAUGAGAAUGAUCUAAAAUAUUAUUCAAGGAGCAGAUGCCCCACACCUCUAUAACUUUUUUCUGUGAAUGACAUGACAAUUCAAUAAGUGGAAUCAUUGCCAAUGUGUGCCAACCUGCCACGAUGGUGCCAUUGCUGAGUGUAAUUACCAAACACCUGUCUCUUUCUGUUGUCUGUAGGUAAAUGGGAGUGGAUGAGUGACUCACCUUCUCUACUUCCACCAUGAGAGUGCGCUGUCAGCUAUCACUUCCAGUUUGGCUGGGUGGCAGGCUUCACCAGGUCGGCGGUUCUGGGGCGUGCUGGACCACUGGAGCCUGCCCUCCUUCUUCCAGCUACUGAAGUAUCUGGUGGCAGAGGGGAGGGACUUUGCCAUCCUGUGCCAUACCUUUGGCUGA